UCAGUCCUUACGCCACGGUGACAGGUGUUUCUACAGUCUGCCAAGAAUAUGAUGGCCUCAUCUCAGCCGGAAGCCACCAAUGUCGCCGCUGGCGGCCACCAAUCACUGAAUGACGGCGGUAACAGCCUCUCAUUCUCUUCGGUAACCCCCCAAAAAUUGCCCCACCUCACCGACUACCUCGUGCACCUUCAGCCUCGCUCCAACCCGCUAGACCAAAACCCAUUUUUCCAUCCCACCGACGGCUUCUACCUAACUUCCUCCGACAUCAUCCUCCGCCAGGUCGUCUAUGAUCUCUCUGCAACCUUCCUCUCUCCCUCUUCCCAUCGCGCAUACCACAGGGCUGGUCCUCGCAACCAGAUUUUCUUCGACCCUAGUACAACCAAGGUUGCUAUUGUCACAUGUGGUGGCCUGUGUCCCGGGAUGAAUACUGUCAUUAGAGAGCUGGUUAUUGGCCUCUGGGAGCUUUAUGGGGUGCGACAAAUUUACGGUAUUAAAGCUGGAUACAGGGGAUUUUAUUCCACUGACCCAGUAGAGCUCAAUCCGAAGAUCGUCCAUAACUGGCAUAGGAAGGGCGGCACCGUGCUUGAGACAUCAAGAGGUGGCUUUGAUCUCACAAAGAUUGUCGAUGCCAUUCAGCAUCGUGGGUUCAAUCAGGUUUAUAUCAUAGGUGGUGAUGGCACAAUGCGUGGAGCUGUGAAGAUUUUUGAAGAGAUUUGUCGGCGCAAACUGUAUGUAGGUGUUGCUGGAAUUCCAAAAACAGUUGAUAAUGAUGUUGGCAUCAUUGAUAGAUCAUUUGGGUUCCAGACAGCUGUAGAAAUGGCUCAGGAAGCAAUUCAUGCGGCACAUGUUGAGGCAGAGAGUGCAGUAAAUGGAAUUGGUCUGGUGAAGUUAAUGGGGCGAAGCACAGGACAUAUAGCCCUUCAUGCUACACUAAGCAGCCGUGAUGUGGACUGUUGUUUAAUUCCUGAAAUGGAGUUUUAUCUGGAAGGAAAAGGAGGACUAUUUGAAUUUCUUGAAAAGAAGCUUAGAGAAAAUGGGCAUGCAGUGCUAGUUGUUGCUGAAGGUUCCGGACAGGAUAUGAUACCGAGAAGUGAUAAUCAGAGAGAAGAGAAGGAUGAGUCUGGCAACCCGGUUUUCUUAGAUGUUGGUCCUUGGUUGAAGUCAGAGCUUAACAAAUGGUGGGCAAGAGACCACCCAGAUGAGUUGUUCACGGUGAAGUAUAUAGAUCCUACAUACAUGAUACGUGCAGUCCCUGCAAAUGCCACGGAUAACUUGUAUUGCACCCUGCUAGCGCACUCAGCAAUUCACGGGGUUAUGGCAGGGUAUACUGGUUUCGUGUCAGGUCCUAUUAAUGGCAACUAUGCGUAUAUUCCAUUGGAGGAGGUUGCCCAAGCUAAGAACGAAGUUAACACAAUGGACCAUAAAUGGGCAUGGGUGAGAUCCGUAACCAAUCAGCCUGAUUUUGUGAGAACAUAAGGGUUUCAAUUAUUGAACUUCGAACAAGAACGGUAGCCAAGGCUUUGCAAUGUAGCUGUUGCCUGCCCGUUGUACUAGUAGAAUCCCCAAUGCUAAGAUGUGAGUUUGUGUAGAAUAAUCAUAGAGAAGGCAAGUCUGUUUUGUUGAUAUAUAAUUAUGUCAAGAUUAGUUCUUUUGGUACAUCCAAGUUUCAAAUUGAGACCUUCAACUUGGAGUUUCGAAGGCUUUGGCAUUUCAAGUAUGUCAUUAUUAGUUAUAGCUCUUAAUUUCAAGCCUAAGAUUACAACUUUGCUAAAAAAAUUUAGCCUUUUUU